AUGAAGAGAAAGGAUAUUUCAGAUCCUGUUGUACAAAUAAUUCCAACGGAAGAGUAUUAUCAAAAGAUACUCGACGCACAUAUUGCCACUGGACAUGGACGUCGAGACAAAAUUGUUCACGCCUUGAAAGAUAAAUACGUGGUGCCAAUAUUUGCGGUUUCAAUAUUCCUAAAUUUGUGCAAAACAUGUCUAUCAAAGAAAAGCCUUCCAAAAAAAGGCAUUGUUGUAAAACCGUUGAUUUCACACAACUUCAAUCGAAGGGGACAAAUGGAUCUUGUAGACUUCCAAACAUCUCCAGAUGAAGAGUAUAAAUGGUUAUUACAAUAUCAGGAUCAUUUAACAAAAUUCUGUUUUUUGCGACCAUUGAAAAGCAAUCAGGCUAAAGAAGUGGCAAUCGAAAUUCUUAAGAUUUUUUUGGAAGUUGGGUGUCCUCAUAUCCUCCAAAGUGAUAAUGGACGCGAGUUCACAGCAUCUGUACUGAAAGAAAUAGCCAGUUUGUGGCCUGCUUGUAAAAUAGUUAAUGGGAGACCGAGAUAUCCGCAAAGCCAAGGAAGUAUAGAACGUUCAAAUCAAGACGUAAAAAAUAUGAUUCAAGCCUGGAUGACAGAUAAUAAAUCGACUAAUUGGUCAAUUGGAUGCUAUUUCGUUCAGUUCCAGAAAAAUUCAUCUUACCAUUCAACAAUUGCUCGAACUCCAUAUAAAGCUUUGUUUGGCGAGGAUCCAAAACUUGGACUCUCAUCCACCUACUUAUCUAAAAAUAUAAUAUCCAAAUUAGAAAAUGAAGAAGAUUUGCAAAAAUUUUUUAAGGAAAUUAAUAGCAAAAAAGAACAAAAUUGCGAAAAAGAUCAAGAAGAGGAAGAACAGGAAAUUGUAAAUACAAUAAAUAUUUCAAAAAUUGAGAACAUUAAACAAGAAGAAACAACAACAGAGGGUCAUGAAAUAAUUAUGUUUGAACAAAUACUACUCCCUACUUUACAUGAAAAUUUACCUGUAGUUACGGAUGUUAUUAUUCGUAAACCAGAUAAUAAGCAGGAAAAAAUAUCUUUAGAUAUUACGGAUAGCAUAAAUGUAGAAAAACAAGGGAAACUAGACGAAAAUAUUGACGAAGAAAACAUCACUCAAGAAAGGAAUUAUUUGAUGUGUAACAUAUGCAACGAAGAAGCAUCUGGAGCUCAUACAUGUACCGAAUGCAAGAAAAUAGUUCACGCCAUAUGUGGAGUGGUAUCUGAGGGAAAUGAGGACUAUGGAUUGCAAUUGCUUUGCAAUUUGUGUGCGAAUGGACGUAAAAUCAUACAAGAAAGAACACAAUCGCACGUAAAUUUAAAAAGAGCGGCAGAUAAUAUGAUAUCUACAUCGUCUAAGAAAUUUAAAGAUAUCAGUACUGGUUCCACUGUUUUAGUUGAAGUCCCAAAAGUUGACAGGGGACCUUUGGACAGUAAAUACCUGAUUGGAAAAGUUUUAAUGAAAAAGAACGAAUUAUAUCAAGUUGGCACUGCCUUCGGCAUAAUUAAAGAUUGGAUGCCACGAAAUGCUGUUCUUUCCUGUCCAAAUGCAGAACUACUAAGUGUCAUUCCAGCGAAGUAUAACUUCAAAAAAAAAAAACAUGGACAAUGCGUUUCGAAGAAGUGUAAUUGCAAGAAAGCCAAUGUUCUUUGUAACUUCUGGUGCCACAGCUCGACGUGCAACAAUAUAGUAUACAACAAUAAGUGA